CCUGAAUAGAUUUCUCUCCUCCCCGUGACGUCGUGCGGUCUGGUCCUGGGGUGCUUUGCUCUCCGGUCCCGUCUCAGCAGAAACCACUUCAGUUGCUGCCUCGUCCGUCCAUCCCCACAACCAGCGUGCAACGUGCGCGUUACGGUGCGGCGAGGUGCGUUACGGGCACCUUCCCUUCUUCUGCUUCUACUCCACGCUGCCUGUCUUGUCCCACAUAUCACUGAACUGUUUCCACACUACGCUUGGAGAGAGAGAGAAGAGAGAGAGAACCUGAGGCGUUGAAUAAGUAGGGAGAGGGCGGAAAGGAGAAGGGCAUAGAGAAAGAGAGAGAGUGAGAGAAGAAAAAGAAAGAGAAGAGGAGACAGGUCGCCCUAGUCGCUCUACUUCCCUGAGCUGAAAAUCUACCGAGAAGAUGCUGAGACUAGCCGGCGUGUUGGCUGUAGUGGCUCUGGGGUUGAGCGCCGCUCACACCAAAGUAAAUAAACACAAACCCUGGAUUGAAACAUCAUACCAUGGGGUGAUCACUGAAAACACUGACGUUGUUCUGCUAGAUCCUCCUCUGGUGGCCCUGGACAAAGACGCUCCCAUCCCCUACGCAGGGGAGAUCUGUGCAUUCAACAUCCACGGGCUGGAGGCUCCGUUCGAGGCAGUGGUGCUCAACGGUACGUCUGGCGAGGGCCAGCUGAGGGCCAGCGGCUUGGUGGAUUGCGAGGUGCAGAAGGAAUACACCUUUAUCAUCCAGGCUCAUGACUGCGGAUCUGGCCCCGGGGGCACGGAGGGCAAAAAGUCCCAUAAGGCUGUGGUGCAUAUUCAAGUCAACGAUGUGAAUGAGUUUGCCCCGGUGUUUCGGGAGCCUCAGUACCGAGCCGCGGUGACGGAGGGCAAGAUUUAUGACAGCAUCCUGCAGGUGGAGGCCACUGACCAGGACUGCUCCCCACAGUACAGCCAGAUCUGUAACUACCAGAUAACCACCACCAAUACACCCUUCGCCAUAGAUCGCAACGGUAACAUCCGUAACACUGAGAAGCUAAGCUACGACCGGCAGCAGCUGUACAAGAUCCAGGUCACGACCUGGGACUGCGGCCAGAAGAGAGCCUUGCACAGCGUCCCUGUCCACAUUGACGUCAAGCCUGUCUGCAAGCCUGGCUGGCAAGAUUGGAGUAAGCGAGUGGACUAUGAGCCAGGAACAGGAAGUAAGCAGCUGUUUCCUAAAAUGCACCUGGAGACCUGUGGCGGACCACUUUCGUCAGUGAGGACCACAGUGGAGCUACAGACCAGUCACAUUGGAAAAGGCUGUGACCGCGAGACCUAUUCUGAGAAAUCUCUACAGAAACUCUGUGGGGCCUCCUCGGGCAGCACUGACCUUCUGCCUGCCCCCAGUGCUGCCACCAACUGGACAGCUUCCCUUGUGACUGACAGUGGCAGGGACAGUGACUUGAUCUUCAGGUUUGAUGGUCAUCAGGCAGCUAAAAUCCCAGACUGGGUGGUACCCCAGAAUCUGACAGACCAGUUCACCAUAGCAACCUGGAUGAAGCAUGGACCCAGUCCUGGUCUCAGAGCCGAGAAGGAGACUCUACUCUGUAACUCUGACAAGACCGAGAUGAACCGUCAUCACUAUUCCCUGUAUGUCCAUAACUGCCGCCUGGUGUUCCUGCUGAGGAGAGACUUCACCCAGGUGGACACCUUCAGACCGGCUGAGUUCCACUGGAAACUGGAGCAGAUCUGCGACAAGGAGUGGCAUUACUACGUCAUCAACGUGGAGUUCCCGGUGGUGACGCUCUAUGUGGACGGAGUAACCUACGACCCCUACCUGGUGACUGACGACUGGCCCAUCCACCCCUCACAGAUUGAUGUCCAGCUCACAGUCGGUGCCUGCUGGCAAGGUGGGGAGGUGACCAAGCCUCGGUUCACCCAGUACUUCCGGGGCAGCCUUUCUGGAUUGACCAUCCGACCGGGGAAAAUCGAAAGUCAGAAAGUCAUUUCCUGUCUGCAGGCCUGCAAAGAAGGACUGGACAUCAACUCCCUCGAGAGUCUGGAUAAGAGCAUAAAGUUCCACUUUAACCCAGCACAGUCUAUAUUGGUAAUGGAGGGAGAGGACUUGGAAAACAUGAAUGCUGCUGUGAAGAAAGUUUCCUACAUAAACUCUCGUCAGUUUCCCACGCCAGGUAUCCGACGUCUGCACAUCUCCACUGCCGUCCAGUGUUUUGGGGAAGACACUUGUAUCACCAUCCCAGACAUUGAUGCAGUGGUGAUGGUGUUGCAGCCCAGUGAGCCCAGGAUAACCAUCACUGGAGUGGAGAGACUGUAUCAUCCAGCCUCCGACCUCAGAGCGCCAGGCGGCACAGCUCUGUUCCAGGACCUCCACAUCAUCAGCACGGUCACCAGGGCAGACGCCACCGCACACCACACAGAGCAUCGACCCGGGGUGCUGGAGGAGAUUAUUCAUAACUUGGACUACUGUGAUGUCCUGGUCUUGGGAGAGGAGCUAGUGCCAGAGCAGGAGUCUCUCCAACUACAGCGCCGCGCUCUGCUCGGAAAACACCUCGACGCCACGAACUCCACUUCUGGCAUGUCCAUAUAUGGUGUAGACUCCAUGUCCAACUAUGAACAGGUGAUCCGACAGGUGCGUUACUAUAACUGGCGUCCUGGACAACUAACCGAGAGAAGGUUUCGCCUCACCUGCUCGGAGCUCAAUGGACGCUACACCAGCAAUGAGUUCAACCUCGAGGUGAGCGUUCUGCACAGUUCAGAAGCAGGGGAACGUGUCAAUCACAUGGUAGCCCCGCCUCAGUACAUGCAGGUGGUCCACCAUCCGUCCAUGAUUCAUGACCUGUACCCCAGCCACAGCUCAGCGAUGCCGAGUGCUGCCACCGUGGUAAUUGUGAUGUGUAUAGCUGCUCUGGUGGUGGUUGUGGUGCUGGGCAUCUAUCGCGUCCAUCUGACCCACCAGCAGGAGGUCAGACUGGCAGAGACAGCCAAAGAGGCAGACGUGACCUGGGAUGACUCGGCUCUGACGAUCACGGUCAACCCGAUGGAGAACCUGGAGGAGACCCAGGCUGUAGAGGAGGAGGCCAGUGAGGAGGAGGACGAAGAAGAAGAGGAGGAGGAAGAUGAUGAGGAGGAGGAUGACAUCACCAGCGCUGAGUCAGACGACAGCGAGGAGGAAGUGGACGUCCAGCUACCCAGGAUGCACCGUCCGAACAAGAAGGGUCAAAAGUGGGACAAAACAACGAUAUCUUAUUGAAAACACACAGUAACUCACACGCGCACACACAUUCUGCAACACGUUCAUAUUGUAACCUCAAAAUCAGAUGGUUGAAACAAAAAGACUUUAUGUGAUGUUGAUCUAAAAUGAGGUAAUAUCUCCCCCUACUGGAAGACUUCACUGAAAUACACAUUGUGCAAUGAUUUAACCUUGUCAAAAAAAGUCCCGUUUUAUACAACUGCUAAGAAAAAACAUGACACUCAAGCUGCUUGUCAAUCAAAUGACUUUCAUUAUUCUUAAAGGGACAGCUCGCCAAUUUCGGUCCUCCCCUGAGAGCUAUCAUCUCUCUCCCAUUACAGUCUGCACCACAACUACGAUCUUUAGUGAAAUGAAGUGGUUGGAAUCUCAAGUUGUCGAUGAAACCCUGCACCGUACGUUCAGUUAGAUGUGACACCUGUUCCACAGUGAGAUUUCUGAUGUCCCAUGAAAAUGCAAAACAGUCUUUAUUUACUGUAAGAAAACUGAGUUGCAAAAGUAAAGAAACUGACUAUUUUUUUGGUUGGUAUACUUUAUGUUAUUUAUCAGUCUUUAUUCUAGCCUAUGUGGCACAGCCAGGUGAUUUUACAGAAAUAGCAUAUUUUCAAUGGUACUCAAAAAAAAAAAAAA